CGCAUCAUAUCAUAUCUCGCCACACAACCGUCUACCUGCGACGAAGAGAGAAAGAGCGAGACCGUCUCCGAGGACGAAGAUCGAUUCGCUCAUCGAGGAUCGACGCAAAAAAGCCCUUGAACUUUGUGGAUUGUGAGGAAAGUUUGGAAAGAUCAACACAGAAUUCCACGGCGGCGGAAGCGAAAAACUCGAUCAAUUCGAGCUUUCGCCGGCAGGAAGAGCUUGAAACAACUCUGCGGAGAUUCGAAGAGAUUGAAAGAAAAAAAAUCGAAGGAGGGCCCGGCUUCGAGGAAGAGACACUCCCAUCGCUCGUGCUACGGGCCCACCCUGACGACGUGUACGCGUCGUCUCGAUAGAGAGAUCACGGUGUGUUCGUCGAUCACGCCAUCGUUGAAACCGGGACCGACGGUGCUCGAAACUCUGUCGUGAUCCAAUUCGUGUGAGGCUCUCCUCGCCUGCACCUGCCGUGGGCAUCGGAGAGGAAGAACGUGGUCGACAGCCGCGGCACGGGCUCGUCCGUAUCGAAUGUCGUCGAGAAGACGUCUGAAAAUCGUCGGCGGAAGGACGACGAUGCAGUUCCCAACUCAUCAUCGGAUGUCACCGUCGAGCUCGGUCGGCUAAUCGACGAUUAAUCGCGAGAACGAUAUCCACGCGCGUGUUGCGAUAUCCACAACUUCGUUCCUCCCGAAAAGUAAUCCGAGAACGGGAACUCAGCCGUUACGUGCGUGUAUAUGGACCAAGUCGUGGGAAAAGGUGGAUUCGAACGUAUUCGCGGUUAUUCCUCCCCGUCGGUUAUUCUUUCCCUUCUCUUCUUUGUAUCUCGAAUCGCGACGGAGAGAGCGUGUUGAUUUCUGUGAUACUGGUGUCGCGCGUGGUGGUUAACGACCCUGUUGUCGCUUGGUGGUGAUAUCGGCGGUGUAGUGGUGAGAAGUUCUGUUGGUGCGCGAGGGUGGUGUCCCACAAGAAGGAAGAGAAGAAAGGAGGGAAGGAAAGAGAGAGGAAGAGAGAGAGAGGAGAACGUCUCUCGUGCACGCGUGACUUUCAAUUCAUUACCACGGAUCUCCCCCGGCAAUUCGACGCCGCGCCCACCCUCGAUGAGAGGAGGCACAUGUCCAUUGCUGCCACUGAAAAUGCAGGGCCUGGCCCGUGUGAAUUGCAAGACCCGUUGUGGGUCAAAAUGAGUGCGAUUACCAGCGGCAUUACCAAGAAAAGAAAGAAAUCAGAUGCAAAGCCUCAGUCGCAGCUUAACAAGUGCCUUAACGAAAAAAGACGACGGACCCAAGAGAACUUGUAUAUCGAUGAGCUUGCCGAGCUGAUUUCCGCCACGGACAUGAGCUCUGGCAAGACUGACAAAUGCCAGAUCCUUCAGAAAACCGUCGAUCAGAUUCGGCACUUUAGGCAACAAGAGGGUUCCAAUAGUCAUGCCGUACAACAAGGAGAAGUGUCCUCUUCGAAUCCCAACAUAUUGUCCAACGAUCAAGUCGGUCCUAUCUUACUCGAGGCUCUAGAUGGCUUUCUAUUUGUUGUAAAUACGGAAGGCCGCGUGGAGUACGUUACGGAUAACAUAACGCAGUAUAUAAACUACACAAAGGACGAUGUGCUCGGAAAAGAUAUUUACAACAUCAUUCAUCAUGGAGACCACAACACCUUUAUGCCUAAUUUAUUACCCACGUCUUUAAGUUCCAGCCACUGGACUAGCGAGCCACAGCCUCAAACCAGGAAUCGCACCUUUCCUUGCCGCUUCUUAGUGAAGCCUCCCGAUGAUAAGGACCAGACUAUGGAAGAGAAGCAACAGCGAGUAUCGAAAUACGAAUCUAUGCAAAUCAGUUCUGCUCUUCUGCCCAAUAACGCUGAUCGUAUCGAGAGUGGUGAUGUAUCCUCCGAAUCGUCAGACAUUGUUCCUUGCGUGAUGUGCGUAGCGCGUAGAAUACCGCCGAACGAGAAGCUCAUUAGUCCUGUUGAGCAAUUCACCUUCAAAUUGAAUAGCGCUGGGACAAUAACCAGGGUCGACAACAGUUGGUUACCCCCCACUUACUCCAAGUACAUAAACAAGGAUAUUCUGGAAGGCAGAACGCUUAAGGAGUUGUGCUACCCUCAUGAUCGAUUAAUACUCAUGAAGCAUAUGAGUGAGACGAUCAAAAAGGGAGAAAGUACGAGCGAUGUUUACCGACUGCGCGUUACUCCUGAUAAGUUCCUUAAGAUACAAACAAAGUCAAAAUUGUUCAAAGCGCCUGUAAAUGUGCAGGACGACUUCAUGAUGGCAACUAAUUCUAUUAUUGGGGACAAUGACUUAAUGCCUAUCGAGGGUGGUCAGCUUUCCAACAACAAAGUGUGCUCAGGACACUCUAGCAACCGUUGUGCGAAUAAUAGUAAUAAUAAUAACGGUAAUAAUAACAAUAACGUGGGUGGCCCGCUGAUGUCCGUCGCGCAUCUGAACGGUCAAGUGAGUGGUAUCAGUGCUCGCGGUAUGGCAGCGACAACUGCCACUUCGAACACGAUCGCCUUUAGCACGGGGGGUGCCAGUGGCGGCGGCGGCGGUGGUAGUGGCGGUAACAGUGAUCCCUUAACGCUGAGCACGUCAACUGGCAAUCCGUUCAACCAUUUUUCGGGGAACAUGGACCUGGAAUUUGAGCUCUUCCCCAGUUCCACAUGGGAUUUGGAUAGUAGUGCCGGGUGGACGGAUAGGCCGGAGUCGAGAGCAAGCGGGCCACCAAAUUCACGACCACCUUCCCAGCCAUCCCCGACACCACCGAGUCCACAGGGAACUUUCUCUAAUUCGACGUUAAUGCCUAUAGACAGACUUAGCCCAAAUCCAGUCUGCAUCGCUCCUACCUUCAGUAAUUCGUUCCCCUUCAGUCCUCUUCAGGAGACGACACAGACAGCUACAUUGAGCAAUGCUGCCACUAAUGUCAACACCAACGGCGGCGGCGGUGCCGGCAAUAGCGGUAUCAGCAGCGGAGUUAGUGGCGUCGGUAGUAACACCACAACAACCGUCAAACGAACUGAGGAGAGCAACAAGAGUGGAUGUCCUACUAGCAACAGUGGUGGAGGCGGUACCAUGGACAAUACGACCACGAGGACCAGCAACACUGCCGCUACCGCUGUUGAAACUCAGAACAACAGUGUUGUGUCCACUGAGUCCGGUAGGCUCAGAAACUUAUUGACGAAGGGCCCGAGCGCUAGUGACGAUAGCCAGGACAAUACAAACAACGAUUCGGAUAAUCAGAAUAAACAUCGGAUAUUAAAAAUCCUGUUGAACCAACAAGAUGAAGACGACUAUCAUCCGGAACAUAAAGUGCGUACGAGCCCUAGCAACAUGCCAAAGCCGAGCAUGGAGCACUCUAAAUCGUCGCUCGGAAAUAACAUGUUAUUGCAAUUAUUAAAUGAAAAAAAUGACGACGAGGAUGAAGAAACACGUGCCGGGAAGAAAAGAAAUGAACUCCUGCAACAGCUGAUGAAAGAUCAAGACGAAGAAAGAAAAUUGCAAGAACAACAACACAGAGAUAACGACCCUCUUUUACGAAGUCUUGGAUUUAAUACCACGUCACCGUCUCCGUCGCAAUCAAAUGAUCAUAUAGGUCUCGGGAACACGACGCAGGUAGGCCAGAAGAGGCCAGGAGAGGAUGGUGAUUUGAACAUAGCCGUGAAGCGACCUGUGGACGGCUCGCAGGUGUCUUCUUCGGGAACAAGCUCCUCGAAUAGCGCAACGAGUAAGCUGUGGGAGAAGAAUAAAAUGUUGGCGUCUUUGUUAGCGAAAAAACCGCCACCAACGAAUAUCCCACAGAUUUCUGCGUCUGAGAUAUCGGAAACGCCACAGGAGAAGCUGCUUCGCUUAAAACAGCAGCCGCCGAAACAGCAACAGCAACAACAACAACAACAGCAGCAGCAGCAGCAACAGCAGCAGCCGCAACAACAACCGCAACAACAGCAGCCUUGGACUGGUGGCAAUUUGCAAGUUGGUAAUAAUAAUGCGAUUACAACGACCGCGACGUCGGCGCGUCCUCUCCAAAGCCAGUCGAGACAACUACCUCGUCCAGCAACCAAUACCUACCUCAGUCAUAUGCUAAGUCAGCAACAGAGGCCCCAAAUGGGUUCAAUCGAGUCCGAAUUUGCGGGUAGCGGAGAAUACCGUCAGACUAGCAACGAUCCAACUAACUGGCAUAAUCAGUCGUCGGAUCCAGAUCUCUCCGAAAUUUUGGAUCAAGUUAUCGAGAUUGUUCCGGAUGAAGAUAUCACAAGAACUCUUCUAGCUGAUAUUGAAGUGCCGGAGAAUAAUGUCAUGAACGAAACAAUGGCAAUUAAUGCUAUUCAGAAGACAUUGAUGUUGUGCGAGACUGUUGUGAAUUCGACAUCCUCCAGUAUAACUAUGUCUGGCACGCCUCCAGCCUAUUCGACUGCGUUGGGAACUACGCCUGUGACGACUGCCAGUCAUAAUUACCAGCCACCUCCUAUGUAUCAACAGCCCAGGAUGAGGUUCAAUCAGCCAAGCAUUAGACAGCCCGGCCAGUUUACACAGUUGCAGAUACAACAGCAACGUUCUAAGCUCAUGCAUCAACAGCAACAGCAGCAGCAACAACAACAGAAGCAACGAUUACUGCAACAACAGCAGCAACAACAGUUGCUUAUCCCAUCGAAUGCUACUGCGACGGAUCAAAUGAACAGUGGCAUUAACAUCGACAAUCUUUUGAACAAUACCGUUGCGCCGCCGAAUGUGUCGUUGCAGCGAUCGAAUGGCCCAGAUUCACAAGUUUCUCCAGGCUAUGGGGCAUCCGUCCAGAUGGCUUCUCACCGACUCGCUCACUCGUAUUCCCAUCCAUCGACGAUACCGCAGCACCACAUUGUGAAUAGUAAUUUCAACAGUGGUCAACAAGUGUCCGCCGCGGCGAGGCUUUCGCCACAUUCUCCGGCCGGUAUACUGCCGGUGUCGUUUUCUCAUCCGCCAUUAUCGCCACGAGUGGCACAAGGCAAUUACGGCAACACACCGAGAUUAUUCAACCAGGUGAACCAGGUGAGGCCACAGCAGGUCACGACGCAACAACAGUUACAGCAGCAACAACGAUCGAUGCCUUCGCCAGGGACGGCAGCUUCCGCCCGGCAAUCUCCGUUUCCUGCUGAAGCGUUUCCUCCACCGACGUCGCCUACAGCCAGCCAGUUCCCGCCAGGUCCCAAUACUGCACCAAAUCCAUCGGCUCAAUAUCGAAUUCAACGGACCACAUCUACUCCUUCUGCUACGACACAGUUGCCAGGUGGAAUCGCGUCGCCGAGACACUACGGAGGAGUGAGUAAGGAACCUCUUCUUUCACCUAGUCAUUCACACUCUGCUUGCUCGGCAACACCUACCCAUAAUCAACACAACGCCACCAAUACACAACACUUUACGAGUCAACAACAUACCUCUAUGUUAUACCAACACACCAACGCCAACACUAUCAACACGGCAGAUAUGCAGAACAAUCAGUUCUGUUACGAUCGGUCGUCAGUACCGCUCUAUCCGUCUGGCGGGGAAGCGCAAGAUGCCAGGUCACUGCCUUCCGCUAAUAACGUCAAUCACCAAAUCGGUAACGCCAGCACUUCGGAAUUUGUGCGGCAAGAAUUAAGGGCGAUUGUUGGCGCGCGAACGCAACAGCAACAGCAGCAGCAGCAGCAACAGAGAGUGCCCAACAAUCUACAGAAUAAUCUUUCUGGUCAAGUUUCUCAGGACGAUCUUGAAGCACUUGGUCUGACAUUCGAGAUGCCUUCUGCAGGUGAGGCUGUGGUUAGCGAUGGCCCCGCCAAGAUCUGGGGGAGCGCCGGAAGUGCCCCCUCGUCCUCCAGGAUUACUAUGGAGGAGGCACGAGGUGAUCCGACGAAAUCAUCAUUGCUGCAGAAGCUACUGCAGUCCGAGUGACUGCAGGCCACUAUCCCGUCAUGCAGUAAAGAGUUAUAUGUAAUAUAUUUUUGAGUAUGCAAAGAGCGGAACGGAGAUAUAUAGGACAUAUAUAAAACGCGGAAGACAGCAAGAGUGCGACAAAAAGGAGAGAAAAUGUGUGAGAAAGUGUUAUAAAAUGCAUAUACACUUAUACGUAAUGGAUACUAUUGUAUUAUAUGUAACGUCAUACACGGAGUCAGUAUUCAUAUACGUAUCACCAAAUACAAUGCAAAACUAGCGCGCGGUGCUCUCUAGAAUGUUGCCCGUCGAUCAGUCGAGGAAAAAAGACGAGCGAGAGAGAGAGAGAGAGAGAGAGAGAGAGAGAGAGAGAGAGAGAAGAGUGAGAAAUA